UGACUUUUUACCAAUAGCUUUAGCAAUCAUAUGCGAUGAUUUCUUUGUACCAUCACUUGAAGCCAUAUCAGAGAAACUGGAGUUGUCUGAGGAUGUCGCUGGGGCAACAUUUAUGGCUGCCGGAUCAUCGGCCCCUGAAUUGUUUACCUCAAUCGCUGGCGUAUCCGUCGAUAGCGAUGUUGGAAUCGGCACUGUCGUAGGCUCAGCUGUGUUUAACAUUCUGAUUAUUAUUGCUCUUACGGCUGCAUUAGCUGGCAAGGUUCUAGCCCUUGAUUGGCGACCACUCAUCCGUGAUAGUACAUUUUAUGGUAUAUCAGUAGUGUUGUUCAUUGGAUUCUCGUGGGAUGGCGUAUUCGAAAUAUGGGAAGCUAUCAUUUUACUUGUAAUGUACGGCUUGUAUAUAGCCAUCAUGAAAUUCAAUGGAAGUUUAAUGAAACUUAUGGAUAAACUUACUUGCACAUAUUGUCGUCAUCCAGAAGUUUCACCUAUAGACGCAGACCUUGCAACAGCUGCGGUUGUUGAAGCACAGCCACCUAAAGAAGAAAGCGUAACUAUAUUACCUGCAAAAAUAUCUGCUCUACCACCGCUCGAUAAUAGGGAUUCGACUAUGUCUGGUGCUAGCCUGUCUGUACCAUCGUCACACAACAAACACAUUUUUCAUCAUAUCAAGCACGGCGAACUUUCGUCUAACUUUACAUCAUCGCAAUAUGAUCUCAGAAAAGCUGUCGAGAUAUCUGAACGUCCGUCGACAGCGAAUAAUAAUCAACUUAAAGUAGAUACAUUUGGAAAUACAAACGGGACGAUAGUCAUUAAAAGCAGUAGUUCGAACUCAUUAGAGCUGAAAAGAAACUACAAAUCCAAUGGUGCCGACGAAGACAUUGAUUUAGAAAGUCUGGCAGGACUAAGCCAACAUGGGUAUGGUAGUCAAACACAUUUAAUUGUACCGGUAUCACGGGGGGAUGCAGACUCGGGCAUUCAUAGCGCACAAGGUCCUACUCCUAACCCUUACACAACUGAACUUUCUUCUGAUCCUUCUGAAAAUUCCAAUUCUAAGACAAAAAGGCACUCCCUCGUACUGACAGCGCAUGUCUUACCAAUCGCUCAUAGUCAAGCACCAUCACAAGAUGCUCCAUCUGAACACAAGAUGGAGGAUGAAGAACCAAAGCUUACACCAUGUCCUUGUCUUCCAUCCAUCAACAUGUACUAUCCUGACAAAGACGUCUUCAACGAAAGAUGUGGGUGUAUGUUCUACGUAUUAAAAUGGUUAAUGUUUAUUGUUAGUUUUCCUUUCAUGUGCCUAUUCACAUGGACAAUACCUCCUUGCAGUGAAGAACACAACCGGAAAUGGUACCUGGUGUCUUUCUUUAUGUCUAUUUUCUGGAUUGCUGUCCUGAGUUUUGCCAUGGUUACAUUGGUUGCCAAGACAGGGUGUAUUCUUGAGGUUGAUCACUACACUAUGGGGCUAGUUGUUGUUGCUGUGGGAACCAGCGUACCGGACGCGCUCAGUUCAAUCCUUGUGGCUCGUGAUGGUUUUGGCGACAUGGCAGUGUCAAACGCAAUAGGAUCAAACGUAUUUGAUAUUAACCUAGGCCUUGGACUCCCAUUCCUCAUCAAAAUCAUCAUCGAUAAGGGAGAGGCACUGCAGCUCCUUAGUGACACCGAAAUGGCUAUGUAUCAGAAUAAUGAGAUGGUCAUCACUCCGCACGCAAAAUUUGGAUUCGCAUUGCUGCUUAUUCUCUUCAUAACACUAGUGGUAUUUUUUAGUGUUCGAUUCAGGCUCAACAAGGUCGUAGGAUUCAGUUUUGUGAUGAUGUAUAUACUAUUUAUGGUCUAUGCUUUUAUUCAAGAAUUAGUAUGCGAUUACGAUUGCUAGCAGUAACCAAAAAAAAAAGAAAAACAACAACUACUUCCGGUAUAUUCUGUUUGGAAUAACUUAUGACGAACAAGUGUUGAAUAACAAAAACAUUUUAAUAUCAUUCAUUAUUAAAAACCAGACUCUUUUGUGAGUGACCUUCGAAUAUAUGAUAAAAAAUAUAAUAUUAAGAGAUAACCGAUAACCAAAUAUGAAUAUUGUAUAUAAACAAAAGUCUUUCAUAUAAUAUUUAGAUUAUCAGUUGAAGGAUGUGAUGAUUCUGUAUUUAUUUUAAAAAUUUAAUUACUCUAUACCAAAGAAUUUCUAGAAAAAAUAUUGAAUUUAAACUGAUUAAUUAACUUCAUGUGAACUUGUUUACAAUCGUUCAUAUAAUUUGAUGUUUCAUUUAACAAGACUUGCUUAUUUUAUUUGGCUGUGUUAGUGUGUGAAAAUGAAUACGGGUUUUCCAUAUAACAACAUACUUCAAACUUAACUUUGAAAACGUGUUUGUAAAUAUUAUAAAAAUUAAUUUGUAUUUAUUGCAUUGUAAAAUUAAACGAUUGUUAUCGCCUGUGAAAUGAU